CAGCUGUAAUUUCGCUAUUGUCACAAGCCAGAGGCCGAUACAAUUGACUUCGAGACUCUAGAAUGAGCUCGUGGCAUUGUUGUGUCGUGAAGUUGCUCGACGACACGGAUCACCUGCACAAUCACAUGCUAUGAUUACGCAUGACACUUUAUCGCUUCAGUACUUUCUUCCUCACUGUUCAACCUGCUCGCUGUGGUUCAGCUUCCGAAAGUAGUCCCCAUCACGCUGUCUUCUCGCCCAGAACCAUUCGUCCACGCCACCGCGUGAUCAUUGUUGAACAUGCUCGUUACUCACGAACCGCAGCCACUAAUGGCACAUUUCCAGCACGCCUGCGAUGCGCCUAUGCAAUCCGAGCCGUUCCAGCAGAAGCGACAGCCGGGGCCGAACAUUUUCGAUGCACUUCCCAUCGAGAUUCGUCAAGAUAUUGCUCGCAGACUGGAAUCGGACGAUGAUCUGAAGGCCUUCAGACUUGUGUGUCGUUCGUUGCACGAUGCUGUCGAAGCGGAUGGCUGUUCAUUCUGGCGCUAUCGUUUUCUCGAAUCUUUCGACAAGCCGCUCGGGUUGUUCAAUAACUUAUAUUGCAAAGCAUCAUACCAGCAAAGGAAACGUUGGCUCUACGAUCCACCAAAGUUCGAGCUUGGACGAAGUCGACAGGAGCAAGUAUGUCUGGGCGUGAUUCGAAACUUGAUCAAUGAAUCAUGGUCCUCAGAUCAGGCGCAUCCUCGAGACCAUUCUCCGAAUAUCAAACAUCUCGAGACUUUCGCUUUGAAGGCGAGUACUAUUCUCAAGAACAUUUUCGCACCAAACCAAAACAAAACCAAGCGACCAUCUCACAGUGAUGCAGCAAAAGGUCGGACUCGACUUCUAGCCACUGUCCAGGUUGUGUUUGCGCCCUUGAUUCUUGAUCUGAGAACGCCAGAUCCCCAGGCGUUCGACUUUCCUCAAUCGCAGCAAGCAGCUUAUUCGGGACCUCGGCAGUGGUCUAUUUUUCACGGUCGUGAUGGACACGUGGUCGACAUGCCCUGGGUGCUGCAUCAAAUCAAUUUCUGGAAGUACCACAUGAUCAGGUCAGAGGAAUGCACAUUGUAUCCUGCAUUUAAAGGUUUGGACAAGCAUGACACACCCCAGAUGUGGAACUGCCCGAUCUCACCCGAUCCUAUUCAGAGCUCUUCCGACAUGCACUUCGGACGAAUUUGGAAGACCUGCUUUGCUUUCAUCGACCAGGGCCAUCUAGCGGAGCUUCGUGCAGGACCUUCGGAUGACGCGUUGAGGCAAGACGAGUUUGAGUACGAAUCAACACAGGAUGCCUUCCCUGAGUGGGAGCUCAGCAUGAAUCAAAAAGGGAACGACACCUGGCCGAAAGAGUUCGAGGACUGUCUGCAUAGCUUGACCCCACUCAAAGGUAGCCCUCGCAAUGUCACGCGGUCUCAAGAUCGCUCUGUUGACAACUCUCAAACCCUGGCCUUCCCUCCGCAAAGAAUUACGUGCCGUGAGUUAUUCGGCGAGGAAGAAGAUGGUGAUGACGCGGAAGUUUUUCAUGCGGAUGGAUACCUGACUGCGCUGCCACCUCAGAGCGGUAUUCCGGGCUUCAUUCGGGUCACCAUGAUGAAAUAUAAGCUGGAGGCAGGCGGAACGUUUCGCGAGCAUUGGGCUUAUGAAGGCGUGAUGCUGCCAGGUAGACAAAUGAUCAUCGGGCGUUGGUGGCAGCCAUUUGUGCCAGAGGCAGCAGCGGACUCUGGGCCGUUCAUCAUGUGGUGUGUAGAUGGCCAGAAAAGGCAUUUGGAUCCGAGGACCGAUCAGGAAGAGGCCGUUUGACGUGGCCAAAGGAUUGAAUACGCGAGAAUCUAGCCAUAGUGCAGAGUCGUGAUCAUGGUCACUAUAUCCGCAUAGGUGCCGGGGCCAGCUUUUUGUGUAAACAAUCGAUCUGGAAGAGUACCCGCGAACCAAUU